AUGGGCAGACGACGGGUUAAUGCGGUACCUCCCCCAUACCUGCCAUGGGUCGACCGGCGGACGCCGCGCGCGACGGACGUUGCGCCAUGUGACGCGCUGCCGGCGCAGGCCGCCAUGACCGAGGGGGCGGCCAGGCCACGGCCGCCGCCGCCCCGUAAGCCUAACUCGCUAGCGCUAGCCUGGCCGCGCUGGGACGAUCCGCCACCGCCCGCGCCCGACUCUCGCCAACAACCGCAGCACCUUAAAGACUUCGAUGGUUUCAGUCCGUAUACCCCACCGAACCCGAUACACGGCGAACGGCGGCCGCGUCGUCCGACCAGUGCGAUAUCACCGCGACCCGUGGUAAACCAGCUUGCUAGACGGCCACACUCCAUCGGCGCCGUUGACGAUGAGUGGGGACCUGUGCCGAUUCUGGCGCCGGUGCCACGUCGACCGCGACCUGGGGUACCGCCGCCGGGCAUGGCCACGCUUCCGCGUGCUUCCCUUCUACCGUCCUCGAGAAGUGAUUACCAGUUGCAAAGGCCGGCGAUUAUGACGAACGGUUACGGCGCGGUGCCACCGUCCACGUCGCGCCGUUUGUCGCUACCGGGUGGUGUUAAUAAUCCGCCGAAGACUUCAGCGACCUUUCAUGGUUUAUCUGGGCUUGUCGGGCCGUACCCGACUUUGGGUACCCCCGGAACCCCAAGCACACCCGCAGCUGUGCGAGAAGCGGUUCGACAUCUCCUUAUGCAGCCUCGAAAUGGUUUCCCGAUCAUGGAUCAAAAGUUGUCCCUGUUUAUCGAGAUCCUUGACGCCCAGGAGCGCUUCUCACAGGUAUGCCAGGCAAGUGUUGCAAUCUGUUGA